AUGUCAGACUACACCACCGAAGUCGCCGCAAUCCUUGCCGCCGCCCGCGCCCGCGCCCACAGCGCCAGCUACGAGCACGAGCCAGACCAGGAGGAUGGAGACGCCUACAACAGCGACAACGACGUCGACCAGACCCGCGGGGCCUCAAUGCCAUAUUACGCAUCAGAAGAAUACGCCCAGGAGGAGGAGGAGCAAGCUGAUGGCGGCGAGGAGGACGCGGGCCGCUAUGCGCAUAACGAGGUGCUUGCGCGCGCGCUGGGUGUGCCUGAUGAUACGACCCCGAUACCGGCACAGGGCCUGUUCUUUACCCAGACUGGCGUCCUGCCGCUUGUUGCUGGUACAGGUACGGGUGUGCCUGCGCAGGGCUUGUUCUUUGUCCAGGCUGGUGAUUCUGCGCCUCCCCCUUUACGGGGCGGGGAUGUGUUGCGGUUUGAGGAUGAUGAGGAGGAGGAGGGGUAUGGUUGCCCUCCGACCCCGGACCUCGAGGAGUAUGAUUCAGGGGGUGAGGAGGGUGCGAGGCCGAGGUGGGGGGGGUGA